GUGUCACAUGUUUCUACUAUUAUUAUUUUUUUUUGACCAUAAUCAUUCCAGCCCUUAAUUGUGUACCCUAUAUUGUGUGAUAUAUUUUGUUUCAUUCGCAUAUUUGUUACGAAUUUUGGCUAUUAUAUUAUCAAGGACAACAAUCGAUUGGAAAAUUGAAACGGUCGAAAAUAUACAACAAUAAUAAUAUAUUUUGAACUCCAUAUAAAUCGCGGCGGAUAAAAUUACGAUUGUCGCUACGAACGAGAUGAGCUCGAUAUUUGAAGAAGUUUACCUUUAUGAUUAUGAUGAAGAGAAAUUAACUUUCUAUAAACGUUAUCAGAAGCCAUUCAAUAUAGAAGUAAUCGAUGAAUCCGAUAAGCUAUUGAUCCGUUCACGGACGAAAAACAAUAAUGAUAAUUAUAAUAAUAAUACAUCAUUGAACAACAACAUCAAUAAUAAUAAUAAUAAUAAUUCAACGACAUCGAUACAAUUUCAAGCCGAAAUAUAUAAAGAUACACCAUGUUCAGAAUUUAGUAAAAAUGGCUUCGUCAUUACUGACGAGAAUGGAAAAUCUGUUCAUCUAUUGUUUGGAAAGAAAUACAUAUACGAUAAUGAAAAGGCCAAUUAUAAGGAAACGGAUUUUUGCCGUUUCACCAAAUUAGUCAACGAUUUUAAAUUAGGCCGUAAAGAAUCGGUGUUUACGUUACGUACGGAUGAAGCAUCAGCAACACAGUAUUUUCAAUUCUAUGGCUAUCUAUCACAACAACAAAACAUGAUGCAAGAUUAUAUUCGAACAUCCACCUAUCAAAGAGCCAUUUUAUCAAAUUUGGAAGAUUUUCAGAAUAAAAUCAUUUUGGAUGUUGGUGCUGGUUCUGGCAUACUUUCGUUUUUUGCCGUACAAGCUGGAGCAAGAAAAGUAUAUGCCGUUGAGGCUAGUUCGAUGGCCAAACAUGCUGAACAAUUGGUAGCUUCAAAUAAAUUAGCCGAUAGGAUUAUUGUCAUACCUGGAAAAAUAGAAGAAAUUUCUUUACCCGAACAAGUGGAUGUAAUCAUUUCCGAACCUAUGGGCUAUAUGUUAUUCAAUGAACGUAUGUUAGAAACAUAUCUACAUGCAAAAAAAUGGCUCAAACCUGGUGGCAAUAUGUUUCCAACAAGAGGCGAUUUACAUGUUGCACCAUUUAGUGAUGCUCAACUCUAUACUGAACAAUUGACGAAAGCUAAUUUCUGGUUUCAACAAAAUUUUCAUGGCGUUGAUCUCACCGCAUUAAGAAAUGCAGCAUUGAAAGAAUAUUUCUAUCAACCAGUAGUAGAUACAUUCGAUAUACGAAUUUGUGUAGCUAAAUCGAAUAAAUAUAGUGUAGAUUUUCUAAAAGCUCAUGAAAAAGAUUUACAUGUGAUCGAUAUACCACUCAAAUUUCAUAUCAAUCAAACUGAUGAAAUACAUGGCUUAGCAUUUUGGUUCGAUGUAGCAUUCUUUGGCUCACAACAAGCUGUUUGGCUUUCAACUGCUCCCACACAACCAUUGACACAUUGGUAUCAAGUUCGAUGUCUUAUUGAUAAACCAUUAUUCGUACAACGAGGCUAUACUGUUAGUGGUAGAGUGUUAUUAGUCUCGAAUCGUCGACAAAGUUAUAAUGUACAGAUAGAAUUACAAGUAGAUGAGAUACCUGGAUCACAUUCUUCCAAUUCGUUGGAUUUGAAAAAUCCUUAUUUUCGUUACACUGGGCAACCAGUACAACAACCGCCUGGAUGUAAUCAAACAUCACCAAGUGAAGAUUAUUGGCAGCAGAUUGAUGCCGCUCAACAACAACAUAUGAAUGGCGGUAAUCUGAUCAAUGGUGUCUGUUCACAACCAACAAACCAAAUGAAUACUAAUGGUGGAUUAGCACAUUCGUUGCAACCACAACACCAACAACAACAGACUGGAAUGGGACAUCCGGUUCUUAUACAACAACAGACAUCACCAUUAGCCGAUCAAAUUCAAAAUCAAUUUGUAUCGAAUCAAACUAAUCAUCAUAAUAAUUCAUCACGUAUGUUUGGUGGUUCGUCCGGAAUUGCAAUGACACAUUCGAAUGCAGCAUUUUCGUAUGGACUUCCUUCACAUCCAAAUUCAAUGCCUACAAAUCAAUCUGCCCAACAGCAGCAACAACAACAACAGCCACAACAGCAAACUCCAUCAAUGAUGACAUCAAUGUUUAAUUCAAGUGGUGGUGGUAGUAUUAAUGCGAAUUCUGGACAAGUUGCUGGUAUUAACAAUAUGAAUUUUCCAGUCAAUCAAAGCCUUAUGAUUGGAGAUUAUGCAGCUGCUGUUUCAGGACAAACUAUACCUCCUUAUAAGCCAAUCUGAAAAAAAAUCCGUAAAUCAGCCUUCCAUGGAUACAGAAUAAUUUUAUUCUUUAUCCUAUUUUUCUGAAUCUCAAUAUCUCAAAUCAACUCACAGAAUUCAUGACCCAUCUAUACUUAUUAAUUUUUUUUUGUUCAUCAUUAAUCAAUCAUUUGUAAGGUUACCAAACAAAAUGUACGAAUCUGCAACCGAAUGUAUAAGGAGGCAGAAUGAAUGAUGUAUGCUUCCAGAUUAAUACACAAUAAUCACACACACACACGAAAUGGCCAAAAAUGUAUAACUCUCUCUCUCACACACACACACAAACACAUACAAUUGAUAGAUAAUGAACGAUUCAUCUGUGCUAAUUAUUAUACUUAGAUUCGAUUUUAUUUUAUUAUUUUUCUCCAUAUUUUUUUCAUCUUAAUUGUGUGUGUAUUUUUUUUCUUUAUCACUUGCAUGUAUAGCUUGUGUGUGUGUGUGUGUGAUGUUUCAAUUUAUUCAAUUUAGAGGAGAAAAAGAAUAUUUAUACUCAUGAAAUUGAUAUUACAUUGCAGGCUAUAUUUGCAGAUUUACUGAAAAAAAUUACAAACACAUAGAAACACUGAUACCUGAUUCCACUUCCAUAAAACUUGAUUCUUUUAAUGAUUGUGUAUGAGGAUCACUUUUUGAAAAAUUUCAAUUGUUUCAUUCUUUAACCAAAAAUUAAUCAUCUUUUUGCAUUCGAUACAUUUUUUUUCUUUGUUCAUACAUCUGGUAUUUGUGUGUAGUAGGUGUGUUGAAAAACCUCAGUGAAUACUCAAUAUAUAGCCAGCAUUUUAUGCAUA